AUGACCACCGACAAUUUGACUCCACAACAACGUACCGCUCUUAAAUCUUUAAAAUCUAAGAAAUCUGAAUUGAAAUUUCUUCCUGCUGAUAAGGGCAACGCCACUGUUGUACUGACUCACGAUCAAUACAUAACCAAAGUUACCGACCACUUAUCCUCAGGUAGUUACACCCUCUUAACGAAAGACCCCACUCAAUCCGUUACCACUAAACUACAGAAAGUCCUCAAGAAACUACACACCGACAAGAAGAUCACGACCGACCUAUACCACAAGAUGCGCAACCUACAUCCUAGAUGGCCUCAACUUUACGGACAACCUAAGAUACACAAACCCGGCGCACCUAUCCGUCCCGUAGUCAGCUUCUACAACACCCCCCUCCAAGCCCUCCACAAAGUCCUCGCAUCUUUCCUCAAACCCCUAGCCCAGAACCCCUUACGCCUCAAAGACUCUUCCGACUUCAAACAUCGCUUCGACUCCUCUCUCAAUCCCUCCUUCCACUACCACGCCUCCUUAGACGUCCAAUCCUUGUACACCUCCUGUGACAUGCGCCUAGCCCUCAAAACUGUCAUCUCCUCCUUUGAACAGAACCCCUCUCGUCUUCCCUCCAAUGUCACCACCACCACCAUAGGCUCCCUUAUCAACUUUUGCCUUGACAACUCAUACCUUGAAUUCAACGGCUCCUUCUACUCCCAAGACGAAGGUGGUACAAUGGGAUCCCCCCUCAUUGUUGAACUAGCUGAAAUCCGCCUUGCUGAAAUCGAGACCUUAGCUUUAUCCUCAUGUCCUGACCCUCCGAACACUUACUCCCAUUUCGUUGACGACGGCCUUGGAUCUUUCAGAGACAGAAACCACGCAGAAUCCUUCCUUACAUUCCUUAACUCCCUUACUGAAGACCUCAACUUUACCCAAGAACAUCCCUCUACAGACGGAACUAUACCCUUCCUUGACGUUCUCAUCCACCCUGACAAAUCCACAUCAGUCUACAGAAAACCCACCCACACCAACCUCUACACCAAGUACUCCUCCUGCACCACCAACUCAUCUAAGAACGCAGUCAUCCGAUCACUGACCAGAAGAGCCCACAACAUCUGCUCACCCCAACACCUUGACGACGAACUCCAAACAGUACGACACGUUUGCCUCCAGAACGGCUUCCCUCCUCACCGCAUCACCACCAUCAUGGACGAAGUACAACGGAAAUUCACCAACCCCUCUCGCCACCAAUCCCUAGCCUCAUUCAACCGACAGACCCGUGAACAUGCCCUUAGUGUUUCUCUUCCUUUCCAUCCCUCCCUAUCCAAACCCAUCUCCAAGAUACUCGGACAACACGACAUCAAAGUCACCCACUCCUCUGCUACCUCCCUCCGCAACCUCCUCACCAAAACGAAGACCACACCCCCUACUCACCUCACCCCCAACACCAUCUACGAAAUUUCCUGCUCACAGUGCCCCUCCAAAUACGCCGGACAGACCUACAGACCCUUGGUCCACCGCAUGAAAGAACACGAACGAUGUUACAGACUCAACAACGCCAUCGACGAAUCCACAGACAGAAUCAAAUCAGCCCCUGCACAUCAUGCCCUGACCACCGGCCACACCAUCUCCUGGAACAACAUCGAAGUCCUCAAAUCCCUCACCUCACGCACCCAACUAGACCUCACAGAACACGCAGCUAUACAAAUACGACAACCAGCUAUGAACAGAACAGACCGCGCACCCAAAUGUAGUUCCCUCUGGGACCCCAUUCUUCCUAAAAUUGCCAAAUCCUUAAAGUCCAGACCAUCUGGCAUUUCCUUCUCAACCUCAACAGAAGACUAA